UUCCCUCGUUUUAAUGCGGCUUUGUGUGUGUCUAUAUAUAUAUAUAGGGAGAGAGACAGCGCGCGGGAGAGAGGGAGAGAGAGAACGCGAGGGAGGAGAGAGAGAGAGAGAGAGAAAGAGAGAACGCGAGGGAGAGAGAGAGGGAGCGCGAGGGAGAGAGGAGUAGCUAGGGUUUAUUCGAUGUCGAAGAAAGAAGGCUUAGUUCUACUCAAUUCCGGAAACAACAUUAUACUUGCAGGUGAAAAUGAACAUAUGGUUCAGAGAUCAACCGUGGCUUCUCGGAAUAUGGAGAGGAAAGGUCUUCGUAAUAUUACAAACCUGCCGCAACAGUUUAUGCCAUCAAUUAGAGAUGAGAAAUCCAAGCUAAAAGUGGCUUGCACGGAAGAGUGUAUCAACAAACUCAAGGAAAAUGCGAACUUAUUGAACCUACUUGCUGAUAAGGAUAAAAUAAUCGAAUUGGAUGGAAUCGAGUUGCAAAAGCUCAAAUCUGAACUGCAUCAAGUUCAGCAACAGAAUGUUGCACUUGCUCAAUCAAACACCCAAUUGCUUGCGGUUUGUUUGGAUUAUGUUCCUCAUUUCAAUGAACUGAAUUCACGUAAAGACAGGCUGAAACUGAUGCAGCAUGAGCUGGGUUGUAAACAGGGAUUGCUAGUAGCAAAAAAAGUUGAGUUGGAGGUAAAGAUGCCCAAGUGCAAGAAAACUUCGAAAUUUUUAGAAGUAGCUAAAGAUGAAGUACCUUGUAGGAUAAACAGGAAGCAGCCAUCCAAAAGUUGGGCCCCUUUUAUUGUAAAACAACUUGAAGAUAAUAGAAAUGAAAUGAGGCUUAGCGUAUUAAGCCAGUCUGCAAGUUUUGAAUAUGAAGACACUAAAAAGGUUGAAGACUUGCUUGAGGUAGACUCGUCUAGGCUUUCCUCAGAUCCUCUCAAAGACGAUAUAACACAAGAGCAGAUUAUCACUUCAAACUUGGUGGACGAAGAGGAUAAGAAAUCUUGUAAGAAAAGCCUCCGAGUCAGAAGGCAAUCUGCUAGAUUUUAUUCUGAAGAAUUGAAGUCUGAUGAUGACAUAUUUGAGGUCGACACUGCUAGAUUUUCUUCAAGUCCUCAAGGCAAUGGUCAAAACCAACAUGAUGAUGGCAGAUUGGUGUCAACCAACUUAGUGCUAAACCUUGAAAGAUUAUCUAGUGGAAGGCCGUCACGCCAAGUAACCAACAAGGUCAGCUCCUACAAAGAAGUUCCCCUAAAUACGAAGAUGCGUAGAUCAUAGAUGAGUAUCUAAAGGUGUAUUUCUCGUGUUAAAAAUAUGGAACAAAGUUAUCAAAAUUGUGUGUGUGUGUGUGUGUGUGUGUGUGUGUGUGUGUGUGUGUGUGUAACUGAACCCAGGGAAGGAAAUAGUUUUUGCAGAGAAACUUUUGUGUCGUACAUAAUAAACAUACAAGUUAAAUAGCGUGGUAGCUCUAAA